AUGGUAAGUCUUAUUACAGUUGAUAGGUUCAUGUUCAUGUUGAUUUUGGGGCAUGUUCAUGUUGUCUUGGCGGUUGGCUACUGCCAUGGUGCUGUGGCAACCAUGGCAACCAUGGUGUUGUCUUGGCUGUUGGCUACUGCCACAGUUUCUUGCUCCUGUGUUGAUAGGUUCAUGUUCAUGUGGCAACCAUGGCAACCAUGUGACAUUAUUUGUGUGAAUGAGUUACGAAUGGAUAGGAAUGCAUUUGCUAUUUUGUGUGAGUUGCUAAAAACACGGGGUGGACUAUUAGAUGAUGGUAACGUGACAAUUAAAGAACAAAUUGCUACAUUUGUAAACAUUUUAGCACAUCACACCAAAAAUAGAUGUCUUCAAGUUAGCUUUUAUAGGUCGGGGGAAACAAUUAGUAGGUACGUUCAUCGAGUUUUAAGUGCUUUGUUGCGAUUGCAAGACAUUUUGUUUAGAAAACCAACUCCGGUAGAGGAUGAUUGUACCGACAGAAGAUGGAAGUGGUUUAAGGGUUGUCUAAGAGCAAUAGAUGGAACAUACAUUGAAGUGACUGUACCUGAGUCCGAUAAACCACGAUACCGAACAAGAAAGGUCAUAUUGCGAUUAAUGUGUUUCGGUAUUUUGAAGAAGCGUUGGGCCAUAUUACAAAGUCCUUCUUUCUAUCCAAUAAAACUUCAAGGAAGGAUGGUCAUAGCAUGUGCUUUGCUACAUAAUUUUAUUAGGAUGUACAUGGUUCUUGAUCCGGAAGAAAACACGACACUUACACUAGAAUAUAUGCCUAUAGGGGAAGAGCAAGUGGAAUCCAACGAUGAUGUUGAAUCUAUUGAUGUUAUUGAAUCGAGCAAUGAGUGGACUCAAUGGAGAGAUGACAUAGCCYAAGAGAUGUUUGAGUCGUGGAUGUCAAGUACAUAA